CAAUCCCCACCGCCCUCCAUAGGGUUUUCAAGCCCUGCCAAAAAUUUGGCCAGCGACUCCUCCGUGCCGUGUUGACCUCGAAAUUGCAUCUGCCUUUACUGACCGGCGGCACCUCUUCGACAAUCAAGAGCGCUUGAUCCACAACCGUCACAAUGGCGAUCAAGCACAACCAGCAGAUUCCCAACAACCACUUCCGCAAGGAUUGGCAGAGGCGCGUCAGGUGCCACUUCGACCAGGCUGGCAAGAAGGCUUCCCGCCGUGUCGCUCGCCAGGCCAAGGCUGCUGCUCUUGCCCCUCGCCCGGUUGACAAGCUCCGCCCCAUUGUCCGGUGCCCCACCAUCAAGUACAACCGCCGCACCCGCCUCGGCCGUGGUUUCUCCCUCGCUGAGCUCAAGGCUGCCGGUAUCCCCAAGCUUGUUGCUCCCACCAUCGGUAUCUCGGUUGACCCCCGCCGCGCCAACCUCUCCGAGGAGUCCCUUGCCGCCAAUGUCGAGCGCCUGAAGGCCUACCAGGCCCGCCUCGUCGUCUUCCCCCGCAAGUCCAACAAGCCCAAGAAGGCCGAUACCCCCAAGGACCAGCAGACCGGCGAGUUCGUCAAGAGCGUCGAGGCCGUUUUCGGCGUCGAGCGCCCCAUCGCCUCUGGCUUCAAGGAGAUCCCCAAGUCCGAGCUCCCCUCCAACAUCGAGGGUGGUGCUUUCCGCGCUCUCCGCAAGGCUCGCUCCGACGCCAAGCUCAUUGGUGUCCGCGAGAAGCGCGCCAAGGACAAGGCUGCUGCCGAGGCCGAGAAGAGCAAGUAAAUUGCUCCUCUUGGACGGGGUGGUUGAAGCGGCAUCUCUGUGGCGGUGUUUGGCUGGUCUGGUCUCGGUUAUGCUUUUCCUUGUCACCUGGGCGAGGACCACCAUGUUGGACAUCCUCGACCAAGGGCCGUGUAGUUCCGGGGGAUUUCACGUCACUUUUUAAAGCGGGACACGGUUCAAUUACUACACGCAUCAUAGGGAUUUGCUAGAGCAGCGCACAAUGAAUGGACAACGGAAAAAGCAUGAUUCUUGACCAACUUCAAUAGGUCCUUGUUUUUGGGUGAUACCAAUCGGGGAGUUCAUACGGAUUGCAACAAAAAUGCCUGAGUUCUUGUUUAGUUUUGGAUCACGCCCUGUCUCACUUGUCUGCUGAAUCGUUGACUUCCCUAGUGUGAAGAUGCAGUCCAUCAUUAUUUGCUAACAUUAGUGUUACUGACGCUCUCUCAAUCUAGUUUCCCUUUCUGUCCUCCUGCAACAACCCAGUUCCUUUCUUCAAGAUUUCCUCAAACACAUCCUUCCUCGGCCCCUUGAGCUCCUUCGAGUGAUUCCUCAGAAUCUCCGCAACCAACACCAAUCCGUUCUCACGGUCUUUAGCCGUAGCAGCAGCCGAUGGCUUGGUCUCAGCCUGUUGAGGGUUGAGGUUCAGCCCUUCCAUGAUGGACGUUACCUCAGCUGGCUUAUCCUCCUUCUUCUCAUCCUUGAUUUCUUCAAUCCUUCCACUAUCACCGCUCUCGCCCUCCAAACCAGCAGCAACCUCCUCACUUCCCGUAACCGCCACGGCCAAUUUUUUGACCGCCUCCGUCCCCUCGUUCAACACCCUCAACACAACACUGGCCCCUCCAUCCGUCGACCGCGCAAGCAACGCCAGCACAAACAACACCUCCGACCUCAAAGCCGGGUACUUCCCCUGCGCAAGCAGAUGCGUCAGGUGCCUCGCAAUCAACGGGCCAUGCACCUCAUAAAACUCUUCGCGAGUUGUGCCCCAGUCUUUCUCAUCCAGAACUUCGACCUUGUCCUCUCCCUCCUGGGCAGUAGUAGUAGCCUGCAAUGCCCUGACCACACUCAUCACCCCCCUCGCCGUCUCGAUCUUGGUCGGCUCCAGAUCCGAUCUCGCGCCAAGCGUCAUCAGUAAGUGGAAGUAACUCUUGACCUCUUCCUUUUCCGUAUGCUUGAAGUCCGCAGCCAAGGGCUUGCACAGCUUGGCGACGUUGGCGGGAGCAUUCACCAACAACAGCCUCGCAAGCGAAACAGCAGCGAAUUGCACCUGUGGCUGCACCGCCGUCUUGAUCCACGCGCCCGCAAGCAAAUCCGGCAGGAAGGCUUCGCCUAUCGGGAUCUUGUUGCCCUGCGGGAUGGCCAGGUUCUUGGCGAAGGAAAGAAUGGCGUGCAACAGCUGCGGGGUGGCGGGGACGGCGGUGUUGGAAGGGUCGAGCGCUUGCGCGAGGAGGGAAGCCAGGUGGGUGUGCACGUGGAAAUCAGGGUCCGCGACGAGGGCGGUGCUGGCUUCGUCGGAGCGAGACAAGUUGCCGAGACAUAGGCAGGCGGCGGUGCGGAGGUGUUGGUUUGCGAAUUCGGCGGAGGAUAGCCAGAGGAGGAACUUGCGGGACACGGGGCUGGAGGAGAUCGGGUAGAGCUCGGCGAAGGAUGGGUGCGCGGACAGGUCAGCUAGCAAAGUGACAAAGGUCGUGCAGACGGUCUUGAGCUGGUCGAGGUCGUCCAGGUCAGGUUCGGGUAAGUUCUCAUACGAGAAGCACGCGUUGUAGAAGGCUUGUUGGAGGUGGAGGAUGUUGGAGGCUGAAGAGAGGAAGGCGGGUUGGAGGGAUUCGUAAGUUAGGUAGGCGAGGGCGACGGUGCAGAAGCCGUUGAAAAGCUCGAGGGAGGGAAGGCCGGAGGGGGAGCCGCCGGCGAGAGCGAGGAAGACGGCGGGGGUGGAGGGGUCGGCAAGUUCGGGUUCGGGUUCUGGCGGAGUUUGUUAGUUACAAAGGGAGAUGUGAAUAUCAAAUGGUUAUGCGUACUCUGAGACACCAGUAACUCGAAGAUGUUGUUGAUGAGAUGGAGAACUUGGUCGUGAUCUCCUC